UAUAUAAGUUACCGGACCCGCAUGCAUGGUUUUAGUGUUCCGUUCUUUUUCAGUUUAGUUUAGAAUAGCAAAAUAUCUUCGGGCAGAAUGGAAAGAAAAGGUAAAGUUGAUAAGACUGGGAACGAUGACGCACUUGUGAAAAAAUCCACGUCUGUAAUUGCGUCUGUGUCGAAAUUAUUUGGUAAGAAAGCAAAGAAAAGCGACAGCAAACAAGCCGAAGAACUCAGUUCGUCACAUAAAAAACAAACCGAGCUUUAUAAAAUAGAAGAGGAUGAGGAGGAUUCUUCAGGAAGUAUUCCUACUAACAAUAGUAAUAAACAAGUGCAAAAUACUCCAAGUGCACUUCUUAGGUUGAUUACUCAGAAGGGUGGCGCGAAAACAAGUCAAAGUCAAUUAAAAACUGAAAAUAAACAGGAAUCGGAUGAAAAUUCUACCCCGGCCACGGUUGGUUGGGGAACUGCGAUAGCUGCGUACUUAUCAUGGGGGAGCGGAAAAAAGAGCGAGUGUAACGUAAAUGAUGAAUCAAGCAGUGAAAUUAAAAUUCAUAAGGCUCAAAACUCAAAAGAACUGAUCGUGACAGCGCCUGCCGCCAACGCGACGACGCUUGAUGACAAAGUUUCUAGCGACGAAGCACCAAGCUACUUUAGAAUGGCAGCAUGGGGUAGCAUGUUUUUCUCAGCAGCCAAGAAAAGCGAAAAAGAUGUCAGUGACGUGACCCCGGUCUCAACCAAACCAAGGCGGUCUUCUGUUAGCUUCAGUGAUUCUAAUUUCUUAAAAAAGGAUUCAAUUAGAACGAAAUCCAAAGUACUGGAUAACCUUGGCAUUGAAACAGAUGUCAUCCCCAACUUGUAUAUCAAAAAGCCUAUGACUCCAGCUGAAGCAUCACCUUCGAAGCCGUCAAAUAAAUCAGAUUCAUUCGUAACAUUGAAUAGCAAGGAUUCCGUUAUGUCUGAAAUACCGGGAGAUAUUGAAGCAGGUGAAUACACUGGGAAGAGAAAAAAACGAAAGGAUUCCGGUGUAAACAUCAAGAUGUACAUCGCCAUCACCAUUUGUUCAUGUAUUUGCGUUGGAGGAUUGACGUUUCUCGUAAUGACGCUAUUGAUGGGAAAUGGAAUUACCUCAACUGUUGCAUCCACAACGAGCGUAAAUGGAUCGCAAAUACAGACGAUUGCGCCACGAUCAUCGUUGAGACAGUUUUUGAGCUCACUCCAGGUCCAAGAGGUUGACGACGAAAUGGCUGACUGGUCAAGUGAUCUGAAGCAAUUAGAAUCCCCACGUGCACAGAAAAUUAUCGAUGCUUUGAAGCCAAGGAUUCGCAGCGCUUUUGAGUCAGAAGGUUUCUCCACAGAUGACGUCAUUAUAACUAAAAUUGGACCAAUCAGUGUUACGAUUUAUCAUGUGAUGAACAACACCGUGACGUCCCUGUCGUCUGGAGACGAAAUUUCGAUGACUUCUACAUUUGAAAUUAAAAAAGGCCAAACAAUGCCGAAAGAGGACAGACCUAAGCCUCAAGGCCAUCGACUGAUUAUCCGAGUUGAGUUCGAGACAGCCGGGAAACCAUCAGAUAACGCAAAAUUGAUAAAUCAAGUGGGCGAGGCCGAAGUUGGAAAAAUUCAAUUCAUGUUGGGAAAAUAUCUUGAAAAUCAAGGAGUUGUGGCAAAAGCAGAAUCUUUAGAAGUGUCGCCGGAAUUUCAAAACUUUGCAAAUGAAGGACUAAGUGUAUCGCCGACGUCACCUGCCACUGUGAAACCCGAGAUAGACAUCGACUGCUACAAAACUGGAAGAACCUUGGGUAUGUCCAGAACUGUGGUUGGAUGUCCGCCAAAAUGUGACAAAGUAAAGGGUCCUACACUCAUUGGUACAGAUUGGUACGGAAUCGAUUCUAUGAUUUGCUUAGCAGCUAUCCACAGCUACAUUAUUGAGGCAGAACGCGGUGGGGCAGUUGAAUUUUUGAAAUCCGGUGAGAGUUUUCUCUUUGCGGGAUCGACGAGAAAUAAUAUCAGAUCACAAACAUUGUUGGAAUAUGGAGAGAGAUUCAUCGUGAAAAAACCUGGACCCAGUUGGACUACAAUAAAGCCCCCAACCACAACAACUAUUCCAGCAACCGGAGGACUGCAAGAGAAGGCACAGUUACUACUGACCGGUCAGAUGACUGCGUUGUCUAUCGAUAAAUCUCCACUAUCGUUUUCUCUGAGUCUUUCGUACAGCACCACGUUGGCGAGUGAGAUGAGAUCAUUGCUCAGUAACAAGCUUAUAUAUGCAAUGGAAGAGAUGGAGUUUGACAUUCAUAGGAUAGAAGUAUUUGGAUUCGAACCAGAUAUGACGUCAUCAUCGGCAUUGCGCCUUUCCUUCAAAGCAUAUGGUGGAUAUAAUGCAAAUGCACAGGCAAUGCUUCCGUAUAAACCAUGGGACAGUGAAAUGAUAUCAACUUUUCUGUUGAAAUUAAAAAUGCAUCUUAACGAUGAAGGCCUCCAACUCACUGGAUUGACAGUUCAAAUCGAUGAGGACUACUACGCCGAACUUAUUGUAAUGCAAUCUACGACCACCGCAAUACCAACUGCCCCCUCAUCAUUGUGUACUUGUGCUGAGGUUUUCUUCAUAGUAAGUGGAACAAAUUUGAGAUCAAAGAGUGAAGUUGAUUCGAUGGUCGAAAUUUUUAAAACAUUAUUCGACCUUGCUGAUUUUGAUCAGUUUCGACUCAAAGUUGGGAUGGCAGUCAUUGUUCCUUCUGAUUCAGAAGAAGAUCAAGAUUCUACGAAUUACGUUCUUAUAACAGAUGUAGGAAACAAAGAACAUCAUGAUAUUAUCGCUGAUCUAACUUAUGAAUUAGUAUCUGUGGUGGAGAAUAUAGAUUCCGGUGGAGACAGUGAACACAAAGACAAAAUGUCGACUACUAUUCGGGAUUUGGAAAAUCAUAAGUUUUUUACUGAUGAUUUUAAUACGAGAAGUAAGUUGUUGGUUGUUACGUCAUCAACUAUUGUCGGUUCUGAUGUUGACAAAGACGUUGAAGAAUUUGAAAAAUUGAAGAAAAAGGGGAUUAAAAUUUUGUACACAGGAUACGGAUGGACAGAAAAGGAUGGAUACCCGAACAAAUACGUUUCAUCGCCAGAAACGGAUUUUGUGAAAAGCGUUCGUAAGAUAGAAGAUAGCGGAGAACUGGCAGAUUAUAUUUUUGAUGUAAUGAGAAAAUACAUUUGUAGUGAGUCACAGGGAAUUUGUGCAAUACGUUCCAUGGAACCAGAAGAUGCAGACGGAGACCUUUCAUCAGUGAAGUCAGAGGGUUCUUAUGUACAAGGGAUUCCAAAGGGCACUGGUCUUGAGCUAUAUGAAGCCAAAGGAGGUCUUUCUUACAAAGGCAAGAUUUUGGCCAAAACAGACCCGAUUCGACGAACAGAACCUGAUCUUGAACAGGCUUAUUAUAUGCAAUAUGAAUGUGGAAGACAAGAUGUUCAACCUAACGUUACAGAAAGAAUGGAUGGAAGGAUAGUGGGUGGAUCAGAAGCAAUGCCACAUUCUUGGCCGUGGAUUGUUAGUAUCAACAAAUUAAAAUCGAAAUACGAUACAUUAACGAGCAAAAUGCAGUAUACUUACAACUACUGGGCGUGUGGUGGAACUAUAGUUGCUCCUAGCUGGAUAGUCACAGCAGCUCACUGUUUUGCAGACGGAGAUGAGAAAAAAUAUACAACAAAAUACAAAAUUGUAACCGGCCUACAUGACCAAAAUUUAUUAUCAAGUCUUCAAGGAAAUGUUUAUGAAAUAAGAAGAAUAAUUUACCACCCUAAAUAUGACGAUGCAAAAAAUAAAUAUGACAUAGCAAUUUUACAAUCACACAUUCCGAUCAAGUUUAAUCGAAAAAUACUUCCCGCUUGUCUUCCUAAUCCAGAUGUUAUACCAAUUAAUGGAAAGGUUUGCGUUCUAGCUGGAUGGGGAUAUACAAGCGCAAAAGGGGAUACAGAUCGAAACAUACUAAAACAAGCUACACAAGUAGUCGAAGAUCCUGACAAAUGUCAAAAUGUGUACAAAGGGUUGCACUAUAAUCCAAAUAACAAUUUUUGCGUGAAGAGAAGCACGACAGACAUCGUGGACAUGCAGUGCAGAGGCGAUUCCGGUGGACCACUUGUUUGUCUUGAAAAUCGCAAGUGGAUUUUGUACGGAGUUGCAAAUUGGGGUCCGAAAGAUUGCGAGAAAAAAGGCGAAGGCGGAUAUUCAUUAGUACCUUCCAUGAUGGAGUGGAUAUGUUGUUAUAUAACUGCUGAUAUUGUACCUUGUAUUUAUACGAAAUGUAAUACACAGUUAACAUAAAUGU